AUGGGGAGCAGAUUGGUUCCUUUCUUGUUCACUUCUCUAGCCAUAGCCACCCUUUUCAGCUUUUUCCUUAUCUAUUCUCCAAACCCUUUGCUAACCAUAGCCAAACAAGGCCUUAAUUCUAUUCAAAUCCAGCCAAACCUUCAUGCAGUACAAGAACAAGACCACCAAGACCUUGAUCACAAUAACAUAAAGCUCCAACCACCUACAAAGAAGGAGGAGGAGAAAUGUGACUUGUAUAAGGGUCACUGGGUUCCAGAAUUAAGAGGGCCAAUGUACACCAAUUCAAGCUGUGCCACAAUUCCAGAAUCAAAGAAUUGUUUCAAAAAUGGCAGAAGGGACAGUGAUUUUCUUAAUUGGAGAUGGAAGCCAGACAAAUGUGAGCUUCCUCUGUUCGAUCCCAACACCUUUUUGGAAAUUGUGAGAGGAAAGAAAAUGGCAUUUAUCGGAGACUCUGUGGCUCGCAACCAUGUGGAGUCUCUUCUCUGCCUCUUGUCACAGGAAGAAUCCCCAAAAGACGUUUACAAGGAUUCUGAAGACAGGUUCAGGACAUGGUAUUUUCCUCAACAUGACUUCACCCUCAUGAAAUUGUGGUCCAAAUAUCUUAUAGCUGCAGAUGAGAGGAUGGUUAAUGGUACAGGGUCCGGCACCUUUGAUUUGCAUCUUGACCGGCUCGACGAUCAAUGGGCGCGGCACCUCCCCGAUCUAGACUACGCCAUCGUCUCAGGUGGGCAUUGGUUUUUCCGGUUAAUGUACUUACAUGAAAGUGGUAACCUCACCGGAUGCGUCUAUUGCAAUCAACCUAAUGUCACUGACUACAACAUUAGCCACGCCGUUCGGAUGGCGUUUCGAACAGUUUUCAAGCACAUCAAAGAUUGCAAGAACUGCAGAGGUGGUCUCAUGGCCUUGUUGAGGACAUUUGCUCCUGCACACUUCGAGAAUGGGGCUUGGAACACCGGGGGGUACUGUAACAGAACAAGUCCUUUCAGUGAGGCGCAGAUUGAUUUGGGCACUUUCGACUGGGAAAUGAGGAACAUUCAGAUUGAGGAGUUUGAAAGAGGAAGAAGAGAAGGGGAGAUGAAGGGGAAGAAGUUUGGGGUUUUGGAUAUAACCAGGGCCAUGCUGAUGAGGGCAGAUGGGCACCCUGGAGCUCACUGGGGCAACCAGUGGAUGAAGGGCUAUAACGACUGCGUCCAUUGGUGCAUGCCAGGCCCUGUUGAUUACUGGAACCAUUUUCUAAUGGCGAUUAUCAGAAACGAGGGAGGCUUAGUUUCUUAG